CUCCAGUCCUGACACAGGAAAGCCCCUAUCCUUCCCAACACCAUGCCCUCCACCACAGUGGGAGCAAUAUACAUGGCAUCCCAUCUUCCAAUCUGGAGAAAGGUAAGAGCAGCUUCAGCGUCAGGGUCCAGUGUGUGGACUUUGUCAGCGCAUGACAGAAUACAGCAUCACCAAGCACAAAGGGAGCAACCCGUUCAUCCGUGCUGUGGCAGCGUGUGAGGAGGAAAAACUCCACAUGGAAAACAACAUGGAGGAUGUGACCGUUUUCCAUGAGGGGUAUGGAGGCAAAGAGGGGACCAGCUUUUUCAGGGUCUUUGACGGGUUCCACGGACAAAUUUCUGCAGUUACGGCAGCCAGGGAGAUGCUUGUUUUAGUCCUGGAGCAACUCUCCAAACAGGACCCCUUGCUCUCCUUGGCGAAGGACCAGGUGAAGCUACUGUCACGCUUUGAGGCCCUGUUCCAGGAAUACUACAACAGACCAUACGCAGGCCAAGCCCAGAACAUUGCACUAGGCCUAGGCACUAAGCAGCUGGAGAAUCUGACCAAUGUGGAACAGGUGAACCUAGCCUUCACCACAGCCUUCUGGAAGAUGGACUGGGUCCUGGGGCUUGGCAAGGACGAGACCUCCAAGAUCCGCUGGAGUGGCUGCACAGCGCUACUCUGCCUUAUCGACAGUGGGCUGCCCUCCUCAGACGAGAAGGAGCAGGGUACAGGACAGGAGAGUAAUAUACCAACCCCCUCACAGGAGUUACAGGGUGGAAGAAUUCUCAUUGCUGACAGUGGUAAAGUCCAUGCGGUGCUGUACAAACAAGGCAGUGGCUUCCGUCUGACCAAAGAGCGUAAACACAUCCUCUGGUCCGGAGGGACAAUCAGCAUCAACAAACAGCACGGUCUGGUGGAGGGGCUGACCAAGGCCACCCGAGUGCUUAGUCAUUAUGGCGAUCGCAAGCUGAAGUCAGUCAUCCCUGUGCCUUACUCUGUGUCGCUGCCCACAGACCCAUCCUACCAGCUGCUGGUCCUAGCGUCCAGUGGCCUCUGGGAAGUAUUGGAUGAUCAUGCAGUGGCUGAGAGAGCUGUCAUUGAGUUGACUCAACAGAAAUUAAUAUUGAAGACCCUGUGCCUCAUGCAAACUGUUGAGGAUUUGUCCAUUUCAGAUUCAGUCAAGACCAGGUCCUGCAGCAGGAGUGAGGUCAAUGUGAAGGAAACUAUGGCUGACAGUCUGAAGAAUCUCACCUUGAACUACGAGUGCCUUGCAGCUGACAUUUGUAGAGAGCUAGUGGACACAGUGUUGGUCUCAGGUUCAAAGGAAAACAUUUCAGUCAUGGUCAUACUUAUUCAGGGGUUGGAUGUGCUCAGAGAAUACACUCUCAAAGGAGUUGACAAACCAAACAAAUACCACACGGAGAUGUCUUCGUCUCGGCAGCAGGUGCAAGGGGGAAUGCUUGAUUUGAUAGUCCUUACCUGA